UGGUGAACGAAGAGAAAAAAUGCAGUUACAAAAGGUUGCUAUACCGCGUAGUCCACCGCCACUGAAGGAUGUCGUCCGGGAACUGGUUUUGGAACGAGUGCUCGUGAUUGCGGUGCCUGCCGGCCGGUGCGUGGCUUCGGCUGUAACAGGAGGUGCUUCUUGGUCUUCGUCAAGUGAGCUGAGCUACUUCGCGGCGGAUGGUGGGCACCAGCCGUCGACAAGCGACCGAAGAAACUUGUCGCUCCCAGAGACGCCAAGCCGCGGCGCAAGUGGGAGCAAGACUCGUCUCAGUGACAGCGAUGUUGAAGGGCAGCAGCGGGUGGCAGAGACCGGC